AUGAACAAACUCAAGUCUGAGCAAAAAACGAAGAUCAAGAAUUUCGUUACGUGGACUCAAACGAGCGAGCAGGUCGCCUAUGCAUGUCUUUCCAGAGCCAACUGGAACAUGGAAUACGCUGUGGAUUUGUUUUAUCAGUGCCUUGGUAUCUCACCAAUCAUUAUUAGUUCAGAUCCACGUGACGAUGUUGGUUCUGGACGCAUAGGACCCAAUGGUAUGUUACGUCUUCUGAACGAUCUUCACUUGGAUGCUUCUGACCGUCGCGUACUGAUAUUGGCCUGCAAACUUAAGGUUUUUCCUGAAACAGAUUCUAUAAAUUUUUCGGAGCGUCAACUUUUCCUAUCAUCAGCUUCAAAUUACUUAUUUAUCUCUUUAAUUGUCCUUGCCCUAUGCAGUCUUUGUCCUCUGCAGGCACAAACGCAGUGCGAGUUCAGUUGGGAAGAAUGGCAACAAGGGCUUUCAGCAUUGAGAGUUGAUUCUAUGGACAAACUUCGUGAACGUUUGCAAGAACUCGACACGGAGUUGGCUGAACCAGCUGCUUUUCGCGAACUCUACUCGUUUACCUUUACUUACGGGAAACUGAGCAGCCAGCUGAAGGAACAUGGGAAGGCUAUUUCAAGGGACACAUGGAAUCUUUUGCUUGAUUUCUGCCUGACGAUACGACCUGAUCUCACUAACUACGAUGACGAGGGCGCUUGGCCAGUACUUAUCGAUCAGUUUGUGGAAUAUGCGCGAGGGAAGCUAGGUCUGCCGCAACAUGAAGCAUCAGUAGUGACAUCCUGA